GGCAGGGUGUAGAAGGGGACUGCAGCCGGGCACAAGUCCUGGAGGUGGGACUGGCUGAGCAUUUCCACCCGCACAGGCCUUGAGUCCAGCAGGGAGAGAAGUUGAGUCCCACUCCCUGGCCCAGACCCCUUGCCUGCCCCAGGUUUCCCUUGAAACAGGAAGCCCCAGCCCUGGCUAGGUGAGCGGUGCCUGUUCCACCAGGGGACCUGUGUGGGAGAAGCUGGCCUCCCCUCUAGACAUUUACUUGGAGAUUUUAUUCAAAUGGAGACUGGUGCCUGAGCUCGCCUUGGGGAAUCCAGUGGGGAGGGGAGGGCCUGCACCAGGCUUCCCCCUUCCUCUUCUGGGGCUGCUGCUGGGGUGGCCCGCCUGCCCCCAGGCUCUGGACCCGCAGGCUCUCCCACCCAGUGCAAGCCUGCUGCUCCGCCCUGGGCAGGCGCCCAUUACUGCACCCGCGGGCCGCUUCCCCCAGUUCCUGGGCGCUGUCCGGGACCUGGGGAGUGCCCGGCCAGGCUGCUCUCUUCUGGCCCAUUCUUUCUCAGCCCCCUCCUCCCUUCCGUUUCCGCGAGCCUUGUGAGCCGUGUGGCUGGCUGAGCGGCCUGCACUGGGCAGCGGGGGGGCGGACAGGCGUCAGGGGCUCCUGCCCGCCCCUUCCCCUCCGCCGGCCCGCCCCGGGGCCUGGGCCAACUGAAACCGCAGGAGGAGGAAGCGCGGAAUCAGGAACUGGCCGGAGUGGUGCGGGGGCCUGAGUCUGAGUUGGUCCUCGGCGGCCCUAGGAGCAGCUAGCUGCCCACGCGGGACCACACUAUGGGCUUCUCUUCGGAGCUAUGCAGCCCCCAGGGCCAUGGGGCCCUGCAGCAGAUGCAGGAGGCCGAGCUUCGGUUGCUGGAGGGCAUGAGAAAGUGGAUGGCCCAGCGAGUCAAGAGCGACAGGGAGUAUGCCGGGCUGUUGCACCACAUGUCACUACAGGACAGUGGUGCCCAGAGCCGGAGCACUGGUUUCCACAGCCCCAUCAGUCAGUCCUGGGCAGAUAUCACCAGCCAGACAGAGGGCCUGAGCCGACUGCUGAGGCAGCACGCUGAAGAUUUGAACUCGGGGCCCCUGAGCAAGCUGAGCCUGCUGAUCCGGGAGCGGCAGCAGCUGCGCAAGACCUACAGCGAGCAGUGGCAGCACCUGCAGCAGGAGCUCACCAAGACACACAGCCAGGACAUUGAGAAGCUGAAGAGCCAGUACCGAGCCCUGGCACGGGACAGUGCCCAGGCCCGGCGCAAGUACCAGGAGGCUAGCAAAGACAAGGAUCGCGACAAGGCCAAGGACAAGUACGUGCGCAGCCUGUGGAAGCUCUUCGCUCACCACAACCGCUACGUGCUAGGUGUGCGGGCUGCGCAGCUGCACCACCAGCACCACCACCAGCUCAUGCUGCCCGGCCUACUCCAGUCGCUGCAGGACCUGCACCAGGAGAUGGCGAACAUUUUGAAGGAGAUCCUGCAGGAAUACCUGGAGAUCACCAGCCUGGUGCAAGAUGAGGUGGUGGCCAUUCACCGGGAGAUGGCUGCAGCGGCUGCCCGCAUCCAGCCCGAGGCCGAGUACCAAGGCUUCCUGCAACAGUAUGGGUCCACACCUGACGUCCCACCUUGCGUCACCUUUGACGAGUCGCUGCUUGAAGAGACUGAACUGCUGGAGCCCGGGGAGCUGCAGCUGAAUGAGCUGACUGUGGAGAGCGUGCAGCACACGCUGACCUCAGUGACAGAAGAACUGGCCGAGGCCACCGAGACGGUGCUCAGCCGGCAGGAGGGGGUCACUCAGCUGCAGCGGGAGCUCUGGAAGGAGGAGCAGAGCACCCAUCCCCGGGAGCGGGUGCAGCUGCUGAGCAAGAAGCAGGCGCUGCAGGAGGCGCUGCAGGGGCUGCAGGUAGCAGUGUGCAGCCAGGCCAAGCUCCAGGCCCAGCAGGAGCUGCUGCAUGCCAAGCUGGAGCAGCUGGGCCCUGGCGAGCCCCCACCCGUGCUGCUCCUACAGGAUGACCGCCACUCCACCUCGUCCUCGGAGCAGGAGCGAGAAGGGGGAAGGACACCCACCCUGGAGAUCCUUAAGAGCCACAUUUCAGGCAUCUUCCGCCCCAAGUUCUCGCUCCCCCCACCGCUGCAGCUCGUUCCAGAGGUGCAGAAGCCCCUGCACGAGCAGCUGUGGUACCAUGGGGCCAUCCCGCGGGCAGAGGUGGCUGAGCUGCUGACACACUCUGGGGACUUCCUGGUCCGGGAAAGCCAGGGCAAGCAGGAGUACGUGCUGUCCGUGCUGUGGGACGGCCAGCCCCGACACUUCAUCAUCCAGUCCGCAGAUAACCUGUACCGACUGGAAGGAGACGGUUUUCCCAGCAUCCCCUUGCUCAUCGACCACCUGCUGCACUCCCAGCAGCCCCUCACCAAGAAGAGCGGUAUCGUCCUGAACAGGGCAGUGCCCAAGGACAAAUGGGCACUAAGCCACGAGGACCUGGUGUUGGGCGAACAGAUCGGAAGGGGGAACUUUGGCGAAGUCUUCAGUGGACGCCUGCGAGCGGAUAACACCCUGGUGGCGGUGAAAUCUUGCCGAGAAACGCUCCCACCUGACCUCAAGGCCAAGUUUCUGCAGGAAGCCAGGAUCCUGAAGCAGUACAGCCACCCCAACAUCGUGCGUCUCAUUGGCGUCUGCACCCAGAAGCAGCCGAUCUACAUCGUCAUGGAGCUCGUGCAGGGGGGCGACUUCCUGACCUUCCUUCGGACAGAGGGAGCCCGCCUGCGGAUGAAGACGCUGUUGCAGAUGGUGGGGGAUGCUGCAGCGGGCAUGGAGUAUCUGGAGAGCAAGUGCUGCAUCCACCGGGACCUGGCUGCUCGGAACUGCCUGGUAACAGAGAAGAAUGUCCUGAAGAUCAGCGACUUUGGGAUGUCCCGGGAGGAAGCCGACGGAGUCUACGCGGCCUCCGGGGGCCUCAGACAAGUCCCUGUGAAGUGGACGGCACCAGAAGCUCUUAACUAUGGCCGCUACUCCUCCGAGAGCGACGUGUGGAGCUUUGGCAUCUUGCUCUGGGAGGCCUUCAGCCUGGGGGCCUCCCCCUACCCCAACCUCAGCAAUCAGCAGACUCGGGAGUUCGUGGAAAAGGGGGGCCGCCUGCCCUGCCCCGAGCUGUGUCCCGAUGCUGUAUUCAGACUCAUGGAGCAGUGCUGGGCCUACGAGCCUGGGCAGCGGCCCAACUUCAGCACCAUCUACCAGGAGCUGCAGAGCAUCCGAAAGCGGCACCGGUGAGGCUGGAGCCCCACUUCUCAAGCCAGUGGCCUCUGCAGGCCAGACCGUACCUCCUCACCAGCUCCAGCUCACACCAUCAGACAGCUCCUUGUUGCCCUGGACUCCAGCCACUGGUAUUCAUGCUGCCAGCAGGGAGGCGGCUCCACGUCUGCUGGGCAGCCUGGCUCCUGCCAGGGCUUCCUCUUCCAGGCAAAAAUAAUAAAACCACUUGUGCCCAUCAA